AGAGAGAGUGACUUUAAACAAACAGCCAUCAUGACGGGAAGAGACGAGGCAACAGAUGAAAAACCUAAACUAAAACUUUAUCCUUCAUUCGGAAUCGACAAAUCACGUCUUAACGGAUCUGGAUUUAGGUCCAAAGGGUUUGCCAUCACAGAUCUACUCGGUCUGGAGUCGGAACUUCAGCCCCAUCAGUCCGCUCCCGGAGCAGGUGCCAAUGGAGAAGCGCAGAGCGCGGGAGUUGGAGGGUUUUCUUUCUCUGGAGGCUCAUUGCCACUCGGGUUAGGUUUUCUGUGCAGUUUAGCGGCACAGCAACCUCCCGGGGCACCGUGUUUUCUCCCGAGCCAUAUCCCGCUUCUGCAUUCGAGGACAGAGAGCCACUUUAUGCAGAAUUUGGAGCAACAGCGGGACGCAUAUUCUGAUGACGAAUGCCUUUCUGGGGAUCGCAAUGAUGGGAAAAACUCAGGGAAUUCCCAAAAGAGGAAAAAAAGAAGGCACAGAACAGUGUUCACUUCACAUCAUCUUGAGGAGCUAGAGAAAGCCUUCCAGGAAGCGCACUAUCCAGAUGUUUACGCACGAGAAAUGCUGGCUAUGAAGACAGAACUGCCAGAGGACAGAAUACAGGUGUGGUUCCAAAACCGCCGCGCCAAGUGGAGGAAAAGGGAGAAGUGCUGGGGUCGCAGCAGCGUCAUGGCUGAAUACGGGCUUUAUGGUGCCAUGGUCCGUCACUCUAUCCCCCUUCCAGAAUCCAUCAUAAACUCCGCCAAGAAUGGGAUGAUGGGCUCGUGCGCUCCCUGGCUGCUAGGUGAGCCAGCAGGUAUGCACAAAAAAACUUUGGAAAUCACGAAAAAAGCCCCCGGCACACCUGACUCGACACAUUCCGAUUCGUAUUCAGAGGAACACAAAGAGAAAGACAGCGACGCCACGUGGUCGACAGGAGGCAAUGGCGCAGACGACUCUGAAGACAUGGCGAUAGAUUUGUCCAGCACUUCGAAACAAGAGAGCAAAUGCACUUUGAAAAGCUCACCAUCUCACACAGAACCCAGCAGUGAAUCUGAAAACGAGAGUUAAUAAUGCACAUUGUGAAUGGACAGUUUCGAUGAGCACACUGAGACAAAAUGGACUAUAUCAAACACUGGUUUUGUCUUUCAGUCUACUUGUGUUGUCAUUAUACGUUUUGUUGUUGUUGUUUUAAUUAUUUAAAUACUGUAUUAUUGAAUUAUUUUAAGGUGUAAAAAGGAUUUAUGUAAAAAGUGUAAAAAAAAUAAUGUUGGCUUAAUGGCCAUACAAUUAAUUUAAAAUCAGUUUCCCUAUUCCACCCUUACCACUCGUCAUUAAAUAUUUUCUUUCUUUUUAUUUUUGGUAAAAAAUUCACGGUCACUGGUGAACACUUGUUUACUACCAUUGAGAAUGUCUAAAUACAUCUCCAUUGUCAUGUGGAACAGAAAUAUCUGCCAUUCUGUCUGUAGGAGAGGUAUGACAGAUUCUAGCACUUUACCAUACUCUGGUGAUGAAUGUUUUCCAAUGAUCAACAUCAUCAACAGAACAAUAUCAUGCCAGCAUAA